AAAAUGUCUGGGAAUAAUUCAGGAUCAACUUUCCGCGUAGAUUUGCUACUACACAGUUUGAAAGAAAUACAACAAGAAAAGAAUUGUCUGGAAAAUAAACUUGCUGAGAGACGUAGUAAAAGAAGAGAAUUGGAAAAUUUAUUAGACAUAGAGAACAACAAGUUCUCCCAGAUGAAAGAAGGACAUGAAAAAAUGCAAGAGACCAUGAAAGUUGCACAGCUUAAAGAGGCACAAACACAGUCUUUGGCAAAUAGGAUGGAAGAAUCAAAUCAGGAAAUGAGAGAAAGUAUCAAAGAUUUGAACAAAAAACUGAUGAUAGAAAAGGAAAGUCAAACUGAGAGUGUAGAAAACUUUCAAAAGGAAUUAUCAGACAUUGCCAAUCACCUGAUUAAUGCAAGGUCAUUUUAUGAGGAUUCAUCUCUGAACAAAGUUAUUGAAGAAGCAGAAUUUCACAAGACUGAUAUACAAAGCAAAGUUGUAAAUUGUCAUCAAGAAUAUUUAGAUCUCCAGCAAAGAUUGGAGAAUUUGUCACUCCAUAACACACCUUGUGGAUAUAAAGAUAUUCCCAUGGAUUUUCGAAAAGAAAUAUGGGCAAUGUUCAAAGAAGAAAAUGCUGCUGCAAAGGACCUCUUAAAAAGGAAAAGAGAGAAACUACAAACCAUCAAGGAGGAGUUAACAAGCUUGACAACUUGACUUUUAUUGAAUUUUAAUCACCCCCAUGAUAUAACAGAAAGAAAUAGUUACUGGCACACAUUUGACCAUCCUUGACACAGCAAGUAACCCUAGGACUGUUUGGGAUGGGACUGAUGAGCUAAGAAAAUGCUUCCAUGCUCAUUAAGUUGGGUAUUACACAUUCAUUAACUGAUAUCAACUAUGAGAUACAAAUACAUGU